GCUGGACGUGGUGGGGCAGGUGCUCAGAGGCCUGACGUGGAGGGACGGGGCUGGGCUGCAGCCUUGGAGGCCAGCUAGGUCCCAACUAGCCAGCAGGUAGGAAGCCCAGGGAAGGUGGCACUGAGCUGAAGGACGCCUCAGCAGCCGGCCGUUCACCUGACGCCCAUGAGCACCUCCUGGGUAGUCCGUGUCAUCUCAAGCACCUCUGUCAUUUGAAGAAUCCCUGCUGUGUGUCAGGCACCAUCUCCAGGAUCUCAUUCAGGCCUCCUCACCUUACCCCUAAGAGGGAGGGGUGCUGGUUACCACCCACCUCACUUAACAGAUAUCCACAUGAUGUUGGAAACUUGCCCAACAUCACACAUAGAGUGAAUAGCUGAGGAUUCGACUCCAAGUCAGUGACUCCACAUUCUGGGCUCUUAUUCUCUCUCAGCUGCCUCCUGACGCCCUGUCCUUUAUGCUAAUUUGCUGGUUCCAAAAGGAAUGAGCUCCCCAUCAUUGGAGGAAUGCAAGCAGAUGUUGGAGGACCCCUUAGAAUGGAUGCUGGGGAGGGAUAAAAGCCUCCUGACCACCUGGACCUUUGUGGACCCCUAUCUCCUGAAAGGCCCCCUUUGGGUGUGAUUGGUGCAGUCUUGGCAGGCAACCCAGGUCUCCUAACUCCCAGUGUGGUAUUUCUUUUGGUCCUCAAGUUGGGAGAAGCUGAGGAAUCCCUUCUCAUGGGUUUCCUAGCACCUUGAUUUUCAGAUGACCCAGUACUGGGUGGGGCUGGAGGCAGGGCGUUAAGGCAGGCCAUCCAGAGAGACCUAGGUUCGAGUUCCAGCAGUGCCCUUUCCUGGCUGUGUGACCCCGAGGAAAAAUUGCAUAAACUUUCUGAGGCUCAGUUUAUGCACCUUUAAAAUGGGGAUAAUAAUCUUCUUUUGAGGAUUAAAUAAGUAUUCUAUAAAAGCACCUGGCACGUAGAGGAUGUUCGAGUAAGGAACUUUACAAGAGAAAAAAAAAACCUCAUUAAAAAGUGGGCAAAUGACAUGAACAGACACUUCUCUAAAAAAGACAUACAUGCAGCCAACAAGCACAUGAAAAAAAGCUCAACAUCACUGAUCAUUAGAGAAAUGCAAAUCAAACCACAGUGAGAUACCAUCUCACAUCAGUCAGAAUGGCCAAGGUUGCAGAGAAAAGGGAAUGCUUACACACUUUUGGUGGGAGUGUAAAUUAUUUCAGUCAUUGUGAAAGACAGCAACAAUUCCUCAAAGACCUAAAGACAGAAAUAGCAUUCGAUCCAGCAAUCCCAUUACUGGUUAUAUAACCAAAGGAGUAUAAAUCAUUCUGUUAUGAAGACACAUGCACGCCAAUGUUCACUGCAGCACUAUUCACAAUAGCAAAGGCAUGGAAUCAACUUAAAUGCCCAUCAGUGGUAGACUGUAUAAAGAAAAUGUGGUACAUAUGCACCAUAGAAUAUUAUGCAGCCACAAAAAAGAAUGAGAUUGGUUGGGCACAGUGGCUCACGCCUAUAAUCCCAGCACUUUGGGAGGCUGAGGCAGGUGGAACAUGAGGCUAGGAGAUCGAGACAAUCCUGGCUAACACAGUGAAACCCCAUCUCUAUUAAAAAUACAAAAAAAUUAGCCGGGCAUGGUGGCAGGCGCCUGUAGUCCUAGCUACUCGGGAGGCUGAGGCAGGAGAAUGGUGUGAACCUGGGAGGUGGAGCUUGCAGGGAGCCGAGAUCGUGCCACUGCACUCCAGCUUGGGCGAGAGAGCAAGGCUCCAUCUCAAAAGAAAAAAAAAAUGAGAUCAUAUCCUUCGCAGGAACAGGAGUGGAGAUGGAGGCCAUUAUCCUUAGCAAACUAAUGCAAAACAGAAAAACAAAUACCACAUGUUUUCACUUAUAAAUGAGAGCUAAAUGAUGAGAACAUAUGGACACAAAGAGGGGAGCAACAGACACCAAGGCCUAUGGAAGGGUGGAAGGUGGGAGGAGCAGAAAAAAUAACUUGGCUAAUAGACUGAGUACCUGGAUGAUGAAAUAAUCUGUACAACAAACUCAUGUGACAUGAGUUUACCUAUAUAAGACAUCUGUACAUGUACCCUUGAACUUAAAAUGGUUUUUUUUCUUUAAAAGUACAUGUUCAAGUAAAUAUUCUCUUACUUAAUCAUUUGGUUCAAAAUAGCCUCCAGCUUCUGCUGUGAGACAAGGUAUUCACUAGAACAAGGGCCCUGGAUCUGACUCCUGCCACCUUUGAGUAACCUAGGACAGAUUAUGUGGGAAAAAAAAUCUGUGCCUCAGUUUCCCCAUCUAUAAAAUGGAAUAAUUUGGGGACUUACAUCAUCUGGGUUGUUGUGGUUAUACACAGUUCCUGGAACAUAGUGAGUGUCCAAAAAAAGUGAAUAAUGAGCUUCACCACCAUAAAGUUCCAACACACAGGCCACAGUGAUCCCAGACCACCACUACCCCUGGACCACCCCAGACUCCCUGGCAUCUGUCAGCCUUCAAAGUGGAUCAAGCCCAAGCCCACGUCUGAGAGCCUGGAAUGGGGAGAGGGUGAGCUGAAUUCCAGCUCUUCCUUCCAGGGCUGCCUGGCCCUCUUCCCCUGUCCACAGUCUGGUCUGUGCCCCGGGAUGGGUUCGGAGGAGUGUGUGACCUCCUCUUUCUUCCUGCAUGGAGACAAUGCCCUCUUCUGCAGUGUUCAAGGGUAAUAACCUGUUACCCUCCUUGCUAAUUAACCAGCCUUUUCAAUUUCAUCUCCUGGCCUCGGGCUGUCAGCUCGGGAAGAUAUUCUAGCCUGUAGCUGGGAUAUCAAACUAUCCUGGGAGAUAUAGCCAGUAGCUGGGUAGCAAAGGUGGAAGAGGUCUUCACUUGGAGCCCGUCCCUCAGGCUGAGAACUACCUGCACCCUUACCCAGGUGCAGAUCCAUUCCCAGGGUAAGAAGGUUGCAGCCAGCUUCCUGGCUGUGUGACCUCAGGAGAGGAGCUUAACCUCUCUGAGUUUUGAGAUCCACAGCUGUAAGUGGACAACCUUCUCCACUCUGCAGCAUUUGGACUUGAGACAGUGUGUGAAUACUGUCAUGGGGGCAACAGGAAACAGAUGGCUCCCCCAAACCCAGUACGUUAAGGCAAAUUUAAUAAAGGGGCUAUUGACUAAGGUGGGUGGGAGGAAGGAUGCUGGGAGUCCACAAGGAAGGAUGUAGCGCCCUGUGGCUGUUAACAUUGGGAACCAGGAACCAUCACCACCCCUGGGUCUGAAAGGCGGGAGGGAGAGGUUACCCGAAGGGGGCUAAGUGUGUGGAGAGGGUCCCCAAACGAGCUGUGGCUGCCAAGUCCCUUCCUUCCUUAAGGAAGCUUGAGGUAGCUGGUUUUAUAUCCACUCCCACCUUCCUUUUUUCAUUGUUGUUUCACUCUCCCUCUCUGCUUUUCCUUUCGCUUGAACUCUAAUGAACUUUGAGCGUGCAUGAGAAUCACCGGGAGGGCUUGGUAAAUGCCUCCAGUAGUUGGGGAAGGGGGUUAGGAUUAGCAUUUGCAUUUCCAUCCAGUUCCUAGGUGAUGCUGAUGCUGCUGGCCCAUGAGUGAGCAGCUCUCCUACUUCAUAGCACUUUCUCUGAACCUCUUAUCUCAUCUCACCCUCUGGCUCACUGCACUAAAAGCCCCUCCCGGACAGGGCUGUGAUUCCUUCCCUGAGGCUCUCCACACCUUGCACCCAGUAUCACAGCCCUGAUUAGAGGGGCUAGGCUUCUGCAUCCUGUGUGGCUGAAUUUGCAGGCAUUGCACCAUUUGCAGCUUGUCUCUAUUGACUUGGCCCAGACGGGUUCACGCUGCAGGUUAGUGGUCCUUGACGGAGACGGAGGUCAGCGUGCAGGCGGGUUAGGAGGAGGUGCUCUUAGGAUCAACACCAGGAGGUGGAGCGCAGGCGGGUUAGGAGGAGGUGCUCUUAGGAUCAACACCAGGAGGUGGAGCGAAGCAAGCAGGAGAGGCAGAGGGAGAAGUCGGGCCACGAUGCAGCCUCAGGGGAAGCCUCGGCCAGCCCUGUGGGGAGUUCCAAGGGGAGCUGGGAUGGCCUGUCUGAGUUAUCCUGAGUUGGGGCAAAGUGGCUGGAGGUUUAUACCUCACAUGCAGCAGUCAUUGGAUGUGCACCUCCCGGGAAGGAGCAAGACCUUGGAGGAGGCUCUCUGGAUACCUAAGGCAAUGUCCUGUCUCCCAUGGGGCUGACAGCUGAGGGUCUUUGACAGUUCUGAUGGGAUCUGGGUGGUGCAAGGCAGCAACUACCUCAUCAGCCAAAUUUGGCCGAGUAGCCUGGAGGCAGUCAGGGCCUUCUCACGCUCCCUCCUCUGCCCUUUCUUCCCAUCCUUGGUUCCCAUGGCCCCUGUACCCCAAACUCAACUCCUUCCUCAACUCCAAAACAAAAAGCCCUCUUGAUAUCCUUUGAGCACACAGACCCCCAGCAGAGACACCUGCCUAUGGCUUUGCCAACAGCCAGCCUGUGCGUCUUAAUUUUCUCAACCAGGCCGUCCUGUAAUACAGAGAAGUAAAAGUCCCCAACGCCCCAACCUAGCGUGCACUGAAAUGAAGAAUCAACACAUCAGUAUUGUUACCCUCCAGGUGCAGUGGUUAGAAAGAGGAAGGGGAAGAGACCGUUUGUUCUGUGUUGUAUCACUGAGUCCUGGAGAGGAGGCCUAGGUUGGCUGGGUGCAUCAUUCAUCCCACCCAGAGAGUCAGGGCAGCAGCCGUCUGCAGGGAGGCCCCCCGGAAUCCUGGCUCCCUGGCUCAGCCCAUGGCUGUCUUGGGGCAGGCACUCCCUCAGCUGUCCAACACAGUCCUGGGGUUUGGAGAUUUGAUGAGUUAUUUCAUCUGAUCCCUAGAUCUGGGUCAGUGUGUGGUGGGAAGAGGCUUCCCUUAGAGUCACAUUGACCAGGGUUUAAACCUCAGAUUUGUUGAUGAUCUUGGGCACCUAGUAACCAACAUUCCUGAUCUUUAGUGAUAGUAACUCCCUGGAGCAUAUGUUAUGAGGAUUCUGUUCGCUCGCCAUGUCUGUGUGGCAAGUGCCAGGCACAUAUAGAUAAGAGGGUUAGUGUUAUUUUCAGAGAUAGUCAUUGGCUGAAGCUUCUAGAGGUGCAGUUAAGAGCAUGGGUUUAGCUUCCAUUUCUGCCCACUAUUUACUAUAUGACCUUGGGCAUGUUACUUAAUCUUUCCUUAAUCUUUCUGCCCCUCGGUCUCAUCAUCUGAGAACUAGGUAUGAAAUAGAAACUGUCCUCACAGCACUGUGGAGAGGGCAUAAUGAGCGAAUAAUACAGAUCAAACCUAGAUGCCAUCUGUUAGCUGAGUCUGGCACACGAGAAGGGCUUGGUCAGAGGGAGAGAUGAUGAAGAUGAUGAGGAUGAUGAAGAUGAUGGUCAUGGUGGUGCCAUCAGUGGAUCUGUUACUUCACUAGGGCUGCCCUAACGGUACACAGAAUGGGCAGCUUGAAUGAUAUAAACUGAUUUUCUCACAGCUCUGGAGAUGGAAAUCCAAGAUCAAGGUGGCUGCAGGACUAGUUCCCUCUGAGCUCCGUGAGGGAAGGAUCAGAUCCAAGCCUCCCUACUUGGCUCAUAGGUGGCCAUCUUCUCCCUGAUCUUCACAUGAUCUUCCCUUUGUAGCUGUGUCUAAAUUUCCUCUUUUUUUUUUUUUUCAGACGGCGUUUCAUUCUUGUUGCCCAGGCUGGAGCCAGUGGCGCGAUCUUGGCUCACUGCAACCUCCGCCUCCUGGGUUCAAGCGAUUCCCCUGCCUCAACCUCCCGAGUAGCUGGGAUUACAGGCAUCCACCACUACGCCCAGCUAAUUUUUGUAUUUUUAAUAGAGACGGGGUUUCACCAUGUUGGCCAGGCUGGUCUGGAACUCCUGACCUCAAGUGAUCUACCCCCCUCGGCCUCCCAAAGUGCUGGGAUUACAGACGUAAGCCACCAUGCCUGGCCAAUUUCCUUUUCAUAUAAGGACACUUAUAAUCAUAUUGGAUUAGGACCCACCCUAAUGACCUCAUUUUAACUUAGUCAUCUCUGUCAAGAUCUAAUCUCCAAAGACAGCACAUUCUGAGAUAGUAGGGUUAAGAUUUCCACAUGUGGGCCAGGCGCGGUGGCUCACACCUGUAAUCCCAGCACUUUGGGAGGCUGAGGCAGGUGGAUCAAGAGGUCAAGAGAUCGAGACCAUCCUGGCCAACAUGGUGAAACCCCAUCUCUACUAAAAAUACAAAAAUCAGCUGGGCGUGGUGGCGGGUGCCUGUAGUCCCAGCUACUUGGGAGGCUGAGGCAGGAGAAUCACUUGAACCCGGGAGGUGGAGCUUGCAGUGAGUUGAGAUUGUGCCACUGCACUCCAGCCUGGCGACAGAGCGAGACUCCGUCUCAAAAAAAAAAAAAGAUUUCCACAUAUGAAAUGGAGGUGAAGGGAACACAGUUAAGCCUAUAGCAAUGGGGGAGGUGACAUUUUGCAUGAUGAGAUUCCCGAGGGUGGAAGAGGCACGACGAAAGGAAUGGAGGAUGAAGGCAUGCUAGACAGUGGGAGGUAGGCACAUCUUUGAGGCCAGAGGAAUAAGUGGGGAGACCCUGAAGGGUGGUGCUUGCUUGAGGGCGUCUGCUAGUUGGUGGCAGAGCUAGAACUUUCCAAGGUUGGCAGCUCCUCUUGCCACCCUCUCACCAUGUGCUCUGGAGAAAGCUAGGGGUUUGCCACAUGUCCUGAGCAAGCUCAUGGCUUCCUUUUGUGGAGAGAACAGAUGGGGCCCAGUAUCCUCUGCUCACCAUGAGGGAGGACACAGGCAGGUGGCCGCGCUCCUGCAUCAGAGCCUCUCUGGAGAUGACAGCAGAUGGUUGCCUCCAAGGAACAGGACGUUGGCAGGAUGGCUACAACCUUAAGAGAGGGCCAGCCACUGUGUAUGGGAGUUGUCAGUCACGUCAGCACUGACCCUGAGAGCUGUCCCCGACUGCGGACCACCUAAGUAGGCCGUCUGGGCCAUGACUCAGGAUAGAGGAGCAGUUUCCUUGGCUGGAGCUGCGAAGUAGACCAGCCUGCUGGAGCCAAACAUUCUUGUGCAGGGUUGGCCCUCGGGCCAAAUCCAGCCUUCCACUGGUUUUUGUGAAUAAAGUUUUAUUGGGACACAGCCAUGCCCAUUCUUUUAUGUAUUAUCUAUGGCUGCUUUCAUGCUACAAGGGCAGAGUUUAAUAGUUGACAUGGAGAUCAUAUUACCCACAAAGCAGAAAUUAUUUACUCUGUAGACCUUUACAGAAAAAGUUUGCCGGGUACAUGGAAUGGGCAGUUUGAACGACAUAAACUGAUUUUCUCACAGCUCUGGAGAUGGGAAUCAAAGAUCAAGGUGUCUACAGGACCACUUCCUUCUGAACUCCGUGAGGGAAGGAUCUGAUCCAAGUUUCCCUCCUUGGCUCAUAGGUGGCCAUCUUCUCCCUGAUCUUCACAUGAUCUUCACUUUGUAUAUACGUCUAAAUUUCCUUUUCUUUUUUUGAGACCGAGUUUCACUCUUGUUGCCCAGGCUGGUCCUCUGUUUUGGAGUCUGAAGUCUUAGAUAUCAGGCCUGGCCCUGGAUCUUUCUGGUUAUGCAGAUUUAGAGGAAUGUCCCCUGCCCUCUGAGUCUCAAUUGCCUCCUCUGCCAGCGGGGAUUGUAUUUGCCUGAUGUUGUGAGGCAAGGUAGGCUGGAGAGAGCUUUGCAAACUGUGACUCACUCAAGGCAUACAUUAUUCUCUGCGUUCAACCUGCCUAUUGCCUCCUCCCCCUCCUUUCCUCCUAGGCAAAACUCUUUUCAUACCUGCUCCAUACUGCCCUUGGUGAUGAUGUUUCCCCCUGCAAAGUUAAUUUUGCUGUUUCUUCUUAACUUGAUUUUUACCUGCAUAAACAUGCCUGAUGCAGGGAGGUGGGAUGCACAGACGAGAUGUAACUUGUUCCAGGGCAGCAGGGGUGUCUCUGUCAUCAUUAUUCAAAUGCUACUGAUUGUUGAGCACACACCGUGUACCAAGCCCUAUGCUAAAUGCUUUACCUGCGUCGCCUCAUCUAAACCUCCCCAUUCAUUCAACAGAUAGAUAUUGAAUGCAUGCUCUGUGCCAGGCCCUCUGCUGGGUCUUGGGAGUAGAGCACCACCAGAUGGCAGGAUGAAUUCCUGACCUCAUAGAGCGUAGAGGCCAUUACGUCAGAGAGUUAGGGAAUAAGGUAAAUAAGCAAAAUCAUGUAGCGUGGCAGACAUGUGAAGGACUAUGGAGAGAAAAAAGGCAGAAAAAGGGGUAUGUUGGGUACCAAGUGGGGUGCAGGUUGGGGAGUUGCAAUUUUAAAUAGGAUCAUCAGGGGAGGUGACAUUUGAAGAAAGAGUUGAGAUUGCUGGGAAAACAGCAUUCCAGGCAAAGGGAACAGGAAUUGCAAAGGACAUGAGAUGGGCUCUGCCCACGGAGCUGGGCAAGCAGCAAGGAGGCCUGUGUGUGUAGAGCAGGUGUCGGGAUGGGGGAGAGGGGCUUGGGAGGUCAGCAGAGGGGCCUCCUUGUGUGAGGUGGUGAGGACUUGGGUUGUCACUCUGGGUGAGAUGGGAGCCAUGGAAGAGUUCUGGGCAGAGGAGGGAUGUGGUUUGACAGAACUUUUCUUUAACUGAAAAAUAUUCAUUUAUUUAUACUAUGUGAACAUAUACCAUAUGCACAUUUUAAAAUGGUAAAAUAUACAUAAUAUAAAAUGUGCCUUCUUAACCAUUUUUAAGUGUACAAUUCAGUCUUGAGUACAUUUACAUUCUUGUGUGCCAACCUCCAGAUCUCUUUUCGAAAGAUAAACUCUAUACCCAUUAAAUAAUACCUCCCCAUUUCUCCUCUCCCCAGCCCCUGGCAACCACCAUUCUCCUUUCUUUCUCUUUAAAUUUGACUACUCUAAGUACCUCUUAUAAGUGGAAUCAUGCAGCAUUUGUUAUUUUGCGUCUAGAUUAUUUCACUUAGCACAAUGUCCUCAAGGUUCAUUCGUAUUUUGGCAUGUGUCAGAAUUUCCUUCCUUUUUAAGGCUGGAUAGUAUUCCAUUGUGUGUGUAGACCACAUUUUGUCUAUCCAUUCAGCCAUCGAUGGACACUUGGGUUGUUUCCACCUUUUGGCUACUGUGAAUAAUAGUGCUGUGAACAUGGGUAUACAAAUAUGACUUUGAGACUUUGCCUUCAGUUCUUUUGGGUGUAUGCCCAGAAGUGGAAUGACUGGAUGAUAUGCUAAUUGUAUGGUUAAUCUUUUGAAGAACCACCAUACUGUCUACCAUAGCAGCUGCACCAUUUUACCUUCUGAUCAUUGCACAAGGGUUCCAGUUUCUCCACAUCCCCACCAACACUUACUUUCUGUUUUUUCAUAGCAGCCAUCCUAAUAGGUGUGAGUGGUAUCUCAUUGUGGUUUUGAUUUGCAUUUCCCAUUGAGCAUCUUUCCAUGUGCUUGUUCGUCAUUUGCAUAUCUUCUUCAGAGAAAUGCCUAUUCAAGUCCUUUGUCCAUUUUUGAAUUCAGUUGUUUGUUGUUGAGUUGCAGUUCUCCAUAUAUUCUGGACAUUAACCCUUUAUCACAUAGAUGAUUUGCAGAUAUUUUCUUCUAUUUCACGGGUUGCCAUUUUCACUGUUUAUUUUGUCCUUUGAUCCACAAAAAGUUUUAACUUUGCUGUCCAGUUUACCUAUUUUUAAUUUUGUUGCUCAUGCAUUUGGUGUCAUAUCCAAGAAAUCAUUGUCAAAUCCAAUGUUGUAGGGACCAGCCCCACAGGGUCGGUGGGUCUCUCCCUGUGUGUGGCAACAAGAGAGUGCAGAAAUAAAGACACAAGACAAAGAGAUAAGAGAAAAGGCAGCUGGGCCCAGGGGACCACUACCACCAAUGCACGGAGACCAGUAGUGGCCCCGAAUGUCUGACUGCGCUGUUAUUUAUUGGAUACAAGGCAGAAGGGGCAGGGUAAAGAAUGUGAGUCACCUCCAAUGAUAGGUAAGGUCACGUGGGUCACGUGUCCACUGGAAAGGGGGCCCUUCCCUGCCUGGCAGCCGAGGCAGAGAGAGAGAGGAGACAGAGAGAAAGAUAGCUUAUGCCAUUAUUUCUGCAUAUCAGGGACUAUUAAUAUUUUCACUAAUUUACUACUGCUAUCUAGAAGGCAGAGCCAGGUGUACAGGAUGAAACAUGAAGGCAGACUAGGAGUGUGACCACUGAAGCACAGCAUCACAGGGAGACGGUUAGGCCUCCGGAUAACUGCGGGUGAGCCUGACUGAUGUCAGGCCCUCCACAAGAGGUGGAGGAGCAGAGUCUUCUCUAAACUCCCCCGGGGAAAGGGAGACCACCCCCUUUCCCGGUCUGCUAAGUAGUGGGUGUUGUUCCUUGACACCUUUUGCUACCGCUGGACUACGAUCCACCUGGUAACGGGCGUCUUCCCAGACGCUGGCGUCACCGCUAGACCAAGGAGCCCUCUGGUGGCCCUGUCCGGGCAUAACAGAAGGCUUGCACUCUUGUCUUCUGGUCACACCUCACUAUGUCCCCUCAGCUCCUAUCUCUGUAUGGCCUGGUAUUUCCUAGGCUAUGAUUAUAGAGCGAGGAUUAUCAUAAUAUUGGAAUAAAAAAUAACUGCUACAAACUAAUGAUUAAUGAUAUUCAUAUAUAAUCCUAUCUAAGAUCUAUAUCUGGUAUAACUAUUCUUGUUUUAUAUUUUAUUAUACUGGAACAGCUCGUGUCCUCUGUCUCUUGCCUCGGUGCCUGGGUGGCUUGCCGCCCACACAAUGUCAUGAAGCUUUCCCCAUUUUCUUAUAUGAUUUUUAUAGUUUCAGCUUGUGUUGAAGUCUUUGGUCCAUUUUACUUUAAUUUCUGUAUGUGGUAUAAGGUAAGGGUCCAAUUUUAUUCUUUUGUAUGUAGCUAUCCAGUUUUCCCAACACCAUUUGUUUUAAAGACUAUCCUUUUGUUACCAAAACACCAGGGGUUAGGUCUAGGUCUUGCUGCUCACUGAACAGAAAGCCGAUCACUGAGAUGACAAGUAUUGCCAAGGAAGAAGGCUUUAAUCAGGUGCUGCAGCUGAAGAGAAGGGAGCUCAGUCUCAAAUCCAUCUCCCUGACUGACUAAAACUAGGUGUUUAUAUAGCCGGGAAGAAAUGCAACAAUGUGUAAGAAAACAAGAACUAGGGAGUGACAAGGAAGCAAUCAUGGUGAAUGAGGGGGUUCCCUCCCAUCUGUGAUCUGGUGAGUUUCAGUUCUUUGAUACUUUUUUUGACAGGCCUGAAGGACCUUCUCUGAGGAAGGAACUCAGAUAAAUACAAGUUUCAAGCUUUUUAAGACCACAAGGGUCAAUUUCUAUGUUUAUCAAAAAGGACAGUUUAUGGGUCAGUUGGGUCAGUUUCACUUUCUUCUUUGAAUGGGCAUGGCACCCUUGACAAAAAUCAUUUGAUUAUAUAUGUGAGGUUUUAGUUCUGGGCUCUCUAUUCCAUUUGUCUAAAUGUGGUUUUUUUUUUUAAUGCCAGUACCACAUUGUUUUGAUUUCUGUAGUUUUGUUAUAAGUUUUUAAAUCAGGAAAUAUGAGACCUCGAACUUCAUUCUUCUUGUUGAAGAUUUUUCAAGAAUAUUUUUCAAGACUGUUUGGUAGUCAGGGUUCCAUGAGAUGUUCCUUGAUAUUAAUUUUAGGAUAGAUAUUUAUGUUUCUGCAAAAAAAAAAAAAAGCACCAUUGGGAUUUUGAUAGAAAUUUCAUUAAAUCUGUCGAUUACUUUGGUAAUAUCAACAUUUUAGGAGUAUGAAGUCUUGGAAACCAUAAAUAGAGGAUGCUUUUCCAUUUAUUUGUCUUGUUUUUAUUUUGAGAUAGAGUCUUGUUCAUUUGUCCAAGCUGGAGUACAGUGGUGUGAUCAUGGCUCCCUGCAGCCUCAACCUCUUGGGCUCAAGCUAUCCUCCCACCUCAGCCUCUCAAGUAGCUGGAUUGCAGGCACAUGCCACCAUGCCUGGCUAGUUUUUGUAUUUUUGUAUUUUUUUGUAGAAGUGGGGUUUCACUGUGUUGCCCAGACUGGUUUCAAACUCCUAGGCCCAAGUGAUCCUUUUGCCUCAGCCUCCCAAAGUGCUGGGAUUAUAGGCAUGAGCCACUGGACAGUGACCGACCAUGUUCUUUUAAUAUGCUGUUGAAUUCUGUUUUUAGUAUUUUGUUGAGGAUUCUUGUAUGCAUGUUUAUCAUAGAUAUUGGUCUGUAGUUUUUUUGUGACUGGCUUUGGUUUCAAGGUAGCCCUGACCUUAUAAAAUGAGUUUGGAAGUGUUCCUGCCUCUUUAAUAUUUUUGGAAGAAUUUGAGAAGAAUUAGUUUAAUCAUUUUCAUGUUUGGUAGAAUUCAGCAGUGAAGCCAUGUGGUCCUGGGCUUCUCAUUAUUGGAAGGUUUUAACUUACUGAUAGCAUCUCCCUGCUAUGAUAGAUCUGUUAAAAUUUUCUAUUUCUUCAUGAUUUAGUUUGUAUAUUGUGUGUUUCUAAGAAUUUAUUCAUCUUAUGUAGGUUAUCCAAUUUGUUGGCAUACAUUUAUUUGUUUAUAGUAUUCUCUUAUAAUGGUUUUUUCUGUGGCAUCAGUUGUAAUGUCCUCAUUUUCAUUUCUGAUUUUAAUUUUGAGAAUUCUUUUUUUUCUUAGUCAAUCUUGCUAAUGGUUUGUCAAUUUUGUUGAUCUUUUGGACAAACCAUCUCUCUUUUUUUUUUUUUUUUUGAGAUGAUAUCUUGCUCUGUCACCCAGGCUGGAGUGCCGGAGUGCAGUGGCGCGAUCUCAGCUCACUGCAAGCUCCGCCUCCCGGGUUCACGUCAUUCUCCUGCCUCAGCCUCCCGAGUAGCUGGGACUACAGGUGCCCGCCACUACGCCCGGCUAAUUUUUUGUAUUUUUUUAGUAGAGACGGGGUUUCACUGUGUUAGCCAGGAUGGUCUCGAUCUCCUGACCUCGUGAUCUGCCUGCGUCAGCCUUCCAGAUUGCUGGGAUUAGUGGUGUGAGCCACCACGCCCGGCCUGGGCAAAACAUGUCUUGAUUUUGUUAGUUUUCUCUGUUUUUAAAUUAUCUUUCAUUUAUGGCUGCUCUAAUCUUUAUUUUUUAAUUUUUUAAUUUUUAAUUUUUAUGUAUUUAUUUUGAGAGGGAGUCUCACUCUGUCACCCAAGCUGAAGUGCAAUAGUGCGCUCUUGGCUCACUGCAGCCUCCACCUCCCGGGUUCAAGCAAUUCUCCCACCUCAGUCUCCCAAAUAGCUGGGAUUACAGGCAUCCACCAUCAUGUCCGGCUAAUUUUUGUAUUUUAGUAGAGACAGGGUUUCACCAUGUUGGCCAGGCUGGUCUUGAACUCCUGACCUCAGGUAAUCCGCCCGCCUCAGCCUCCCAAAGUGCUGGGAUUACAGGUGUGAGCCACCGUGCCCAGCCUAAUCUUUAUUAUUUCCUUCUUUCUGCUAGCUUUGGAUUUAGUUUGUUCUUCUUUUUCUUGUUCCUUAAGGUGUGCAGGUAACUUGUUUCUUUGAGAUCUUUCUUAUUUUAAUGUAAGCAUUUCCAGCUGUAAGUUCCUUCUUAGCACUGCUUUUAUAGCAGCCCAUAUUGUGUUUUUGUUUUUAUUGGCCAUGUUGUGUUUUUGUUUUGUUUUGUUUUUUAAGACGGAGUCUCGCUCUUUCACCCAGGCCGGACUGCAGUGGCGCUAUCUCGGCUCACUGCAAGCUCCGCCACCCGGGUUCACACCAUUCUCUUGCCUCAGCCUCUCGAGUAGCUGGGACUACAGGCGCCCACCACCACGCCCGGCUAAUUUUUUGUAUUUUUAGUAGAGACAGGGUUUCACCAUGUUAGCCAGGAUGGUCUCGAUCUCCUGACCUUGUGAUCCGCCCGCCUUGGCCUCCCAAAGUGCUGGUAUUACAGGCGUGAGCCACCGCGCCCUGCUGUGUUUUUGUUUUUAUUUAUCUCAAUAUAUUUUCUAAUUUCCCUUGAGAUUUCUUCUUUGGCACAUUUAUUAUUUAAGAGUACGUUGUUUAUGACUCUUAUUUGUGGGUUUUCUAGUUUUCCUUCUGCUGUUGAUUUCUUGUUUCAUUCCAUUGUGAAUGAGAAAGAUGCUUUGCAUGAUCUCAUUUUUUAAAAAAAUGUAUGAUGACUAGUUUUGUAUCCUAAGAUAUUCUCUCUCCUGGAGAAUGUUCCAUGUGCACUUGAGAAAAGUGGGCAUCCUGCCAUCAUUAGGUGGAGUGUUCUGUACAUAUCUGUUAAGUCCAGUUGUUGGUUUAUAGUGUAGCUCAAGGCCUCUGUUUCCUUAUUGAUAUUCUGUCUGGUUGUUCUAUUGACUUACCUUUUAACGAGAUCCUUCUGGCUGUAUUAAAAUGAGCUUCUUAGAAGUGGAUGCAAGGAGACCAGUAAGAGUCUACAGCAUUGAUUCAGGGGAGAGGUGAUGGUGACUUGGACUGGGAGGUGGUGGUGGAGGGGCUGAGAAACGGUUGGAAUCUGAGAACAUUUUGAAGGUACAACCAACAUAUUUGACUGAAUCUUUAGAAGUUGGUGCUGUUUUUUGUUUGUUUUUUGUUUUUGAGAUGGAAUCUCGCUCUAUCGCCAGGCUGGAGUGCAGUGGCACGAUCUCGGCUUACUGCAACCUCUGCCUCCCAAGUACUGUUGUCCUAAGGGGGUAAAGGAAUUUGCCCAAGUUGUGAUAAGUGGCUCAUCCAGGAUUUGAACCCAGGUCUGUCUGUCCCCAAAUUCUCAGUUCUUAAUUAACCAUGUACAUUCAUGAAAGUGCUCCUGACCCAGCUGCCUGGACUCCCCACCCCCAAUGUCUCCCUGACAGUCCUCUACCAUCUACGACUAAGCCUGGACUCACUCCCUCUGUUGCUACAUUCCCAAAUGUCAUCAGGGUCUGGGUGCUUGGCAACUGCCUUCCAGCAGUUUCUCAGCAUCACCGUGUCCUGCCUUAGAGGAGCAAAGGAAAGAAAGAGGUAGAUUCCUGCAGAGGGGAGAGAGGUGUGCAAACGCUCUGAGACCACCUGGGCUUCAUGACAUGUUGCAGAAGGAGCUCAGCCCCUGGAGUCAGACAAACCUGGGUCCAGACACCAAAUCCAGUCCUCAUAGCUUUGUGACCCCAGACAGAUUACUCCACCUCUCUGGGCCUCUGUUUCCUCCCCUGACAAAUAGGGAUAAUAAUGUUACUGCUCUAUUAUCCACAAUUAUGGUUAUAAGAAAAUAUAUAUAUUUUUUCAAGUAAAAUACUCUACCAAAACCUGAGGUCAAUCAUGAUUCUUUGAGCCAUUCAUUUUCCAAAGAGAACUUUAUUGAGCACAUACCAUGUGCUGGAACUCGAGGUAGUUGUUGGCACCAUAGCCAUAAAGCAAGGAAACACAGAAUGGUUGGCCUCAUGGGGAUCAGAGCCUGGCAGGGAAAACAAGUACUGACCAAAUGUUACACGUCUGAUGGGUGUUUCAAGAGCAGCUUCUCUAGGAACCCAAGCAGGGGAAUUUGAUGUCCUGAACCAGCGACAUUCCAGCCAGGGCCAAAACAACGGUGAUGGGAGGCCAGGUAAGGUUUCAGGCAGAGCUGAUGACCUGCAUGCAGCCGACAUUUAUUUGCAGCACACUUUGCAGACAUUUAUUGCGUGCCAGGUUCUGUGCUCAGCACAUGAUGAUCAUUAUCUUGUUCAGCCUUCCCAAGUGCCUUGAAGCUGGUGCUAUUUCUAUAAACUUUUUAGCCAAGGAGAAAACUAAGGUUCAGAGAAGUGACAUGAUUUGCCUGAGGAAACACAGCUAAUAGUGGGAGGAGCCAGGGUACAGCAGCAGGAGCCAUGAUGGGAGAAAAAAAAAGAAAGUGAUAAGUUUGAAUUUCUACUCUGCUCCUUCCUACUCUGUGACCUUGAGUGGUCCAGUUUGCCUCCACGAGACUCCGUUUCGACAUCUGCAAAAUGAAGCCAACUUCUCAUGGGCCUCCCUAGAUAGUUUUCAGGGUUAGAAAUGCUGCAGGCAAUGCCCAGCUUGGAGUUGGUGGAGCACUGAGAUCAGGAGCUGUUCACAGCGCUGGUGCUGACUUGGUUGUGUGGGGUGGGGGUGGUGAGCCAGCUCUAGGGGGACACUGCCAUGUGUUUCUGCAGAGAAGGUGGACAGGGAUGCACCGAACUGUGUGUUCAUCUCCAGGAGGUAACCAGAAGGCAGGGAGAGCAGGCAGGGAGGGCCUGGGACAGCUCUCAGAUGGAUGCAUGGAUGUGCUGGCCUGGUGGAGUCUGGAUGGGCCACAGGACAGUGGGAAAUGCUGUGGGAACCCACUGGGUGGGGGUAACUCAGAACUUUGCUUUAUUUACCCCAAACAUCAGAAUCCUCAGGGUGACAUAGAGCUGGAACAGGCCUUUUGGAUUGUGUUUUCCAACCUCCUCAACCUCAAAGUGGGGUAACAGAGGUCCAGAGAGGAGACGGACUUUGCUUAAAUCCCACAAUGACUCUGGGCAGAAUCAGGCCCAGAAUCUAGUGGAGCAGAAGGGUAUUCAGGCUGCCAGAGGAUCAACACCGAGAGCAGAGAGGCACAGCUGCCCUUUUGCACUGUGUCCCUGUGCCUGGCACAUUAGAGGCACUCAGGUGAGAAUUAUUGAGCGAGGGAGUGCGCUGGGAAGAGCACACAGCCUGGGUGUCUGUCUCGAGCUGGAACCUGUCUCUGAUAGCCAGCUCUGCCUCCCUGGGUAAGUGCUUUCAUCUUGCUGAGCAUCCAUUUCCCAAAAUAAGAUCAGAAACCCACUUGGGAGGUCUCCAAGCAGGGAUUUGAACUCAGGUCUACCUGAUUCCAGGGCAGGUUUUUUACCCUGCACUUUCUUGAUUCCUUUAUAUAUCUUAUUCAUUCAUUCAUUCAUUCAUACACUGAUUCAUUCAUUCAUCCAGUCAUUUAGAAAAUGUUGAUUGAGCAUCUGCCCUGUGCCAGGCACUGUUCUAGGCUGUGCAAAUUCAGCAGUGAAUGAGGCAGAUGAAGUUUCUGCCCUUGUGGAACUUAAAUUCUAGAAGAGAGAGAUAAACGGUCAACAAAUCAACAAAUAGAAUGGGAAUAGUGGUAGACUGGGCGCGGCGGCUCACGCAUGUAAUCCCAGCACUUUUGGAGGCCGAGGCGGGCAGAUCACUUGAGGUCAGGAGUUCAAGACAACAUAGUGAAACCCCGUCUGUACUAAAAAUAGAAAAGUUAGCUAGACGUGGUGGUGGGCACUUGUAAUCCCAGCUACUCAGAAGGCAGAGGCAGGAGAAUGGCUUGAACCCGGGAGGCGGAGGUUGUGGUGAGCCAAGAUUGUGCCAUUGCACUCCAGCCGGGGCAACAAGAGCGAAACUCUGUCUAAAAAAAAAAGAAUGAGAAUAGUGGUGAGUGCCCUACAGGAACUAAAACAGGGGAUGGGACUGGGGAGGGGUCUGCCUUAGACAGUGUGGUCAGGAAAGGAGAUGACGUUUUGUGAGAUGCCUAAGAGAAGCAGCAGCCUGCUGUGUGAAGAACCUGAACAAAUAAUUGAUAAAAUGAGAAGCAUGGAGCUGUGACAGGCCUCAGACCUCCAAAAGACAAGGCGAGGAGGGGGAAGGAAAGCAGGUGUCAAAACAUCCCAAACAGCCUGAAAGGCCUUGUGGGGAGCAAUGCGGCCCUUUUGGGGCACCUAUACCCAGGUCACCUUGGUCACCUUGGACCUCUUCCCCUCCGGUCACCUUUGCCUUCCAGGUGAAGCAGAUCAUGGAGGAGGCUGUGACACGCAAGUUUGUCCACGAAGACAGCAGCCACAUCAUCUCCUUCUGUGGAGAAACCAGAUCCAAGGCCUCCAGGAGAAUGUGCGGAAGCUGCCGAAGCUGCCCAACUUGUCCCCACUUGCCAUCAAGCAUCUGUGGAUUCGCACAGCCUUGUUUGAGAAGGUCCUGGACAAAAUUGUGCAUUACCUUGUGGAAAACAGCAGUAAAUACUAUGAGAAGGAAGCUCUCCUGAUGGACCCUGUGGACGGCCCCAUCCUUGCAUCUUUGUUGGUGGGGCCCUGUGCCCUAGAGUACACCAAGAUGAAGACUGCAGAUCACUUCUGGACCGAUCCCUCGGCUGACGAACUUGUCCAGAGGCACCGCAUCCACAGCUCCCACGUGCGGCAGGACUCGCCCACCAAGCGUCCUGCCCUCUGUAUCCAGAAGAGGCAUUCCAGUGGCAGCAUGGAUGACCGGCCAUCCCUCUCUGCCCGCGACUACGUGGAGUCCCUGCAUCAGAACUCCCGUGCCACCCUUCUCUAUGGCAAAAACAACGUUCUUGUUCAGCCGAGGGACGACAUGGAGGCUGUGCCAGGGUACCUGUCCCUGCACCAGACGGCUGACGUCAUGACCUUGAAGUGGACACCCAACCAGCUGAUGAACGGGUCUGUGGGGGACCUGGACUAUGAGAAGAGCGUCUACUGGGACUAUGCCAUGACCAUCCGCUUGGAGGAGAUUGUCUACCUGCACUGCCACCAGCAAGUUGACAGCGGCGGGACAGUGGUAUUGGUCAGCCAGGACGGGAUCCAGAGGCCGCCCUUCCGCUUCCCCAAGGGCGGGCACCUCCUGCAGUUCCUCUCGUGCCUGGAGAAUGGGCUGCUCCCACAUGGGCAGUUGGACCCGCCACUGUGGUCCCAGAGGGGUAAGGGCAAAGUGUUUCCUAAACUGCGCAAGCGAAGCCCUCAGGGUUCUGCCGAGUCCACAUCUUCAGACAAAGAUGAUGACGAGGCCACGGAUUAUGUGUUCAGGAUCAUCUACCCUGGCAUGCAGUCGGAAUUCGUUGCCCCCGACCUCUUGGGCAGCACUUCCUCCGUCUCUGUGGGCCCUGCCUGGAUGAUGGUUCCUGCAGGCCGGUCCAUGCUGGUGGUGGCCAGAGGGAGUCAGUGGGAGCCAUCCAGAUGGGACACUACUCUCCCCACGCCAAGCCCGAAGGAGCAGCCCCCCAUGCCCCAGGAUCUGAUGGACGUCUCUGUAAGCAACCUCCCAUCCCUGUGGCAGCCCAGUCCCCGGAAGUCCUCCUGUUCAUCCUGUUCACAGAGUGGCUUGGCUGAUGGUAGCUCGACCAAUGGCUGCAACCAUGAGAGGGCUCCCCUGAAACUUCUCUGUGACAAUAUGAAGUACCAGAUCCUCUCCAGAGCCUUCUAUGGAUGGCUGGCCUACUGCAGACACCUGUCCACCGUGAGGACCCACCUAUCAGCCCUGGUCAAUCACAUGAUCGUGUCUCCAGACUUGCCCUGCGAUGCUGGACAGGGGCUGACAGCCAGGAUCUGGGAGCAGUACCUUCACGACAGCACAAGUUAUGAGGAGCAGGAGCUGCUGCGCCUCAUCUACUACGGAGGCAUCCAGCCUGAGAUCCGCAAGGCCGUGUGGCCCUUCCUCCUGGGCCACUACCAGUUCGGGAUGACGGAAACAGAAAGGAAAGAGGUAGACGAGCAGAUUCAUGCCUGCUACGCACAGACCAUGGCUGAGUGGCUGGGCUGCGAGGCGAUCGUGCGGCAGAGGGAGCGGGAGUCCCAUGCGGCCGCCCUGGCCAAAUGCUCAUCCGGGGCCAGCUUGGACAGCCACCUGCACCGGAUGUUGCACAGGGACUCAACCAUCAGCAAUGAGUCCUCCCAGAGCUGCAGUUCGGGCCGCCAGAACAUCCGCCUGCACAGCGACUCCAGCAGCAGCACACAGGUGUUUGAGUCUGUGGAUGAGGUGGAGCAGGUGGAGGCUGAAGGCAGAUUGGAGGAGAAACAGCCCAAGAUCCCCAAUGGGAACCUAGUGAACGGCACUUGUUCCCCAGACUCGGGUCAUCCUUCCUCCCAUAACUUCUCCUCGGGCCUCUCAGAGCACUCAGAGCCCAGUCUGAGCACAGAAGACAGUGUCUUGGACGCCCAGCGGAACACCCCCCCGGUGCUGCGACCUAGGGAUGGCAGCGUGGAUGACAGGCAGAGCAGCGAGGCCACCACAUCUCAGGAUGAGGCUCCCCGGGAGGAGCUGGCCGUGCAGGACAGCCUGGAGAGCGACCUCCUGGCCAACGAGAGCAUGGACGAGUUCAUGUCCAUCACGGGCAGCCUGGACAUGGCCCUGCCUGAAAAGGACGAUGUUGUGAUGGAGGGCUGGAGGAGCAGCGAGGCAGAGAAACAUGGCCAGGCGGACAGUGAGGACAACCUCUCGGAGGAGCCUGAGAUGGAAAGUCUCUUCCCUGCCCUGGCUUCUCUGGCUGUGACUACUUCUGCCAACGAGGUGUCCCCUGUGUCUUCCAGCGGUGUCACCUACUCUCCAGAGCUGCUGGAUCUGUACACGGUGAACCUGCACCGCAUCGAGAAGGAUGUGCAGAGGUGCGACCGCAACUACUGGUACUUCACGCCCGCCAACUUGGAGAAGCUGCGUAACAUCAUGUGCAGCUACAUCUGGCAGCACAUUGAGAUCGGCUAUGUCCAGGGCAUGUGUGAUCUUCUGGCUCCACUGCUGGUCAUUCUGGAUGAUGAGGCCCUUGCCUUCAGCUGCUUCACGGAGCUCAUGAAGAGGAUGAACCAGAACUUCCCCCACGGAGGCGCCAUGGACACGCACUUUGCAAACAUGAGAUCGUUGAUCCAGAUCCUGGACUCAGAGCUGUUUGAGCUGAUGCAUCAGAACGGGGACUAUACUCACUUCUACUUCUGCUACCGCUGGUUCCUGCUGGAUUUCAAGCGAGAACUCGUCUAUGAUGACGUCUUCUUGGUCUGGGAGACCAUCUGGGCAGCCAAACACGUCUCCUCUGCGCACUACGUCCUGUUCAUUGCGCUGGCUCUGGUGGAAGUCUACCGUGACAUCAUUUUGGAGAACAACAUGGACUUCACAGACAUCAUCAAAUUCUUUAAUGAAAUGGCUGAGCGACACAACACCAAGCAAAUCCUGAAGCUGGCGCGGGACCUCGUGUACAAGGUGCAGACUCUGAUUGAGAACAAGUGAGGGGCACCUCACCCCGGCAGCCUCAGUCAAGCUGCCCCCACCCCGCUCCUCUGCUUACUUUUCCUCCUGGCUGGAUGGGCACCCCGGGAGCGGGGUCCUGGUGUCUGUUCACAAGCGUGGAGUUCAGUGCGCAAAGAAACUACCCUGACUUUUACUUCUGGGCAGAUGGGGUGGAGGGAGUACCCCUUCAAUUCAGCCUUACAUUUUCCUGUUUGACCAAAGAUUGCCCAAGUCUGGCGUUCCUCCCUUGCAGGAGGUGGAGGUUGUUGGUGGAGGAGGAGCCAUCUUUGUUUGCUGGUGCCCGGAAUGGUCUCCUCUUCUUCUUUCCCUAUCCCUCCAAACUGUCUUGUAAGAUGAGACCUGGGGAGGGAACUUCUUUUUGGAAAUUGGUGUAGAAGUGGUGUGUGGGGCUACCUCUAUGCUCCUCUGCAAGGGGCCUUUGGCGAUGUUCUGGACAUGGCUAAAGAUUGACUUAGAGAUUGACCCUCCACCUCGACAUUACUGACAUUUGGGGCCAGGUGAUUCUUUUUGAGGGGACUGUCCCCUGCAUUGUAGGAUGCUGAGCAGCAUCCCGGGCCUCACCAGAUGCCAGUAGUGCCAUCCCCCAACCAUACCCCUGGUUGUGACAGCCCCCAAAAAUGUCUCUAGACAUUGCGAAAUGUUCCCUGCAGGGCAAAAUUGCCCCCAUUUGAGAACCACUGGCUUGGAGAAGGGACUACAAAUGUACUUCCUCCCCCAUUCUUUGGAUGCUAAGCCACCCUGGUCCUGGCGCCUCCCCUCACUUAGAAAAGGCAUACAGGAGGCCGGGCAUGGUGGCUCACACCUGUAAUCCCAGCACUUUGGGAGGCUAAGGUGGGUGGAUCACAAGGUCAGGAGUUUUGAGACCAGCCUGGCCAACAUAGUGAAACCCCAUCUCUACUGAAAAUACAAAAAUUAGCUGGGUGUGGUGGCGGGCGCCUGUAAUCCCAGCUACUUGGGAGGCUGAGGCAGGAGAAUCACUUGAACCUGGGAGGUGGAGGUUGCAGUGAGUUGAGAUCACGCCACUGCACUCCAGCCCGGGUGACAGUGCAAGACUCCAUCUCAGAAAAAAAAAGAAAAGGCACACAAGAGUCCCUCACACAUCUCUCUUGGAGUCUGGGAUUCCAUCUGUUGUAUUUUCUCCUUUUUUCUCCUCUGUCUGAUGCCAGAAGAUACUUGUUUUCUUUUUUUCAAGAAAAGUAUCUCCCCACAUAGGCGGUGGACCCAAAAAGUGCAGGCAUGAGAUGGUCAGAGCUCUUUGGGGUCCUGCUCAGAGUGCCCCAGGUAGGGCAGAGUCUGUAUCCUGCUGCCAUCUUGCAAGGGAAAACCACCUCUCCUUCCAAGUAUUGGGUCUUGGAAAGGUGUGUGUUUGGUGAAAGCCACUUAAUGGUGGUGGGGUGCAGCUUUUCUCUAAGUGCAGUUACUCACUCAGGACAAAGGAGGAAAAGGAAGGCAGAGGUUAGCCAGGGUAGAGGGUGAUGUGUGUUUUCCUUGGGAAACAUCUGCUGAUGAACUGGGUCCAGGGCCGUGCUAGGUCUGGGAACAAUCCUCUCCAGGUCUUCACGCAGAGUAUCACCAAUCCACAGACAGACCCGAAGUGAACUAGUUUACUCUGCCUACCUGUCCUUUCAAUAGAGCAGUCUUGCCCGCUCUUCUGUUCUGAGAAUGCACCCGGAAUGGGGGAAACCCAGCAAGCAGCAGAGGGAAAGGCUCUUCCCGGGAGACCUGCCGCCUCUAGGGUGGUCAGAGAAUAGCAGCUGGGAUUUUGGAGAGGGGAGAGGAUAGGUAAAGCAGCGUAUUGAAGCAUUUGCGGAGGGGUGUAUUAGUCCUCCCACCCUGAGCACACCAGGACGGGGAUGCAUCCUUGCCUUGUGUGCUUGUAAAGGCUUCUUUCCCUUGGUAUAGCAACUUCAACUGCACCCGAACCUCCAACCUCUGCCCAGCCUCUGGUGCAGGGUGGACAGAGGUCUAGCCAGCCCUUACUUCCUGAAGAGAGCUCUGUGGGAAACUCGAGGCUACAGUAGCUUCCCGGCUCCCAGCUCCUACCCUAACCCCACCAAAGCAGAAACGGGAGACGGCAACGUUCUGGCUGCCAUUAGACUUACGUCUCCCUCCCCUACGUCCCCCAGCUUCCCAAGACAGGAAGAAAUGUGCAAAAGGCCCCUCCGGAGAAAACUGUAUUUUGCCGUUCAGCUGUUCUUUACAGAGGAUGUUAUUUUAGUGAGACCCAGGUCCUAGACCUUCUGAUUCCUAUUUAUUUUUUUAACAGACUAGUCUCAAAGUACAGCACAAAAUCUCUUCUCUGCCUUCUCUUGUGAUGUUCCAGAGAGCAUCUGUGGUUGUGAUUUGGAAUAAGUCGUAUUUAUUUGGUUUACUGUGCCUAUUCAGAUCUCUGUAUGUUGUGUGUGUUUCUGUGUCCUGGAAUUGGAUGCGUGGGACUCGUUCUGUCCGCGGAGUGCACUCUUUUUUUCAGUGUGGCCCACAUAUCUUGUAAAUGUUUGCUGAAGAGUUGUGUCUAUAUAUAGAGAAAAUAUAUAUAAACAGAGAAAUAUGUGAAUCUGGUUUUUUUGUCUUUUUUUUUUUAAUUUGAAAGAAAAAAAUGCUUGCUUCUGAGGACUGUGUCCUCCCACUCACACCCCAGUGACCCUAUAGGGUCAGAUUUUUGUAAUAGCUGCCUGGCCUUUUCCCAGAAAAGGUGAAUCACUUCUGACCUCUUGUAUUAGCUGGCUCUUACCACAAGUCGUGCUGCAUUACAAAUGACCCAAAAAGUAGUGGUUUAAAACAGCCAUGUAUUUACCUCAUAAUUCUGUGGGUCAGCAUCCCAGGCUAGGUUCAGCUAGGAGGUUCUUCUGUUCUCAGACUUCUUCAUGUGUCUGUGGUCAGCUGAUGUCCAGAUAGGCAACUCUGCUUCUGAUGGUUUUCUGGCUGUUGACUAAGGCAGUGGGGGAAACUGGGUUCUGCAUCUCGCAUCCUCCAGCAGGCUAGCUUAGGCUUGUUUACAUGGCUAUGAUAGCAGAUCCCAGAAGGUAAGCAGAAACACACACUGUCUCUUGGUCUCAGCUUCUGUGGCAUAAAGUCAUUUCUGCCACAUUCUGUUGGUCAGAGUAAGUCACAUGACUCAGCCCAGCUUCAUAGGGUAGGGAAAUAGACUGUACUUCCUGAUGAGAAUCUUUGGAAAGUGACACUGAAAAGGAGCAUGGGCCAGGCACAGUGGCUUACCCCUGUAAUCCCAGCACUUUGGGAGGCCAAAGCAGGAGGAUCACUUGAGGCCAAGAGUUCAAGAUCAGCCUGGGCAACAUAAUGAGACUCUGUCUCUCCAAAAAAAAAAAAAAAUUAAAAUUAGCUGGAUGUGGUAGCGUGUGUCUGUGGUCCCAGCUACUCAGGAGGCUGAAGUGGGAGGAUCGCUUGAGCCCAGGAGAUAGAGGCUGCAGUGAGACAUGGUCAUGCCACUGUGCCUCAGCCUGGGUGACAAUGCAAAAUCCUGUCUCAAAAAAAGAAAAGGAGCAUGGACCCAGGCUGGGAGAUAAUUGAGGCCAUUUUUGCGAAGAGUCUACCACAUUCUCAAAGGUCCAGUGCACAAGAGGGGUUCCCAGUCAGCCAUUUGACAUGAGAGCAUAGCUCUAAAUUAACACUUCCCUGAAUCCCGAGUGCUGAGCUAGCUCAUUUCUCACCUCUGAUGCUCCCAAAGACAACGAGUUCAUUUCCCCCAACAUCGCUGGUUCUCACUCAUGGCUGCCAUUCAGAACUAUAGUCAUCAGGCAGUGAGCACCUUGCGCAGAUCUCCACCUCCAUCAGUCUCUAAACAUGGACUCAGGAAAACUAGUUUUCAGCUACGGAAGUGCAGCCUGAUUUAAUAUAAUGAGCACCAUCAAAACUUCAGAUUUUAAAUAGAAAAAUAUUUCCAACUAAGCCAGCGAAGUAGAGGAGAAGUUUGCAGGUGGCAUUGGCUGCCUGGGUGUGCCACAUCACCACUUUCUUGGAAGACACCCAGCAGAGGCAAGAAUGAAACCCACAGCAGCCGGCAGGUGGGGGCUCUUUUAGUUGGAACAUAUGCUUCCUCCUGGGGGAAGCAUCUCAGAGCAAAUACUGGUCCUGAUGUUGCCACUGUCCCUUGAAGCCUCCAGUCUCAUUUCUCUGACUUCAACCUGAACUCUGUCCGUGGGCUAUACUCCUGGAGGGCGCCACUGUUGUUUGCAGCUGCCUGGUAUGGCCAGACCUGGGGAGUCCUGGGCACCUGUUGCGUGUGCACAGAUGCCUGGUCACAUGCACUAUUGGCCUUUGAUCAUUGGCAAUAUAUUUUACAGGGAAAAAAAACCCUAAGAGAACAUUUUUGCUUUUGUAAAGGCUUUUCUAAAUACAUGCACUCGGGCUGGGCACAGUGGUUCACUCCUGUAAUCCCAGCAGUUUGGGAGGCCGAAGUGGGUGGAUCACCCGAGGUCAGGAGUUCAAGACCAUCCUGGCUAACAUGGUGAAACCCCGUCUCUACUAAAAAUACAAAAAAAUUAGCUGGGUGCGGUGGCAGGCACCUAUAAUCCCAGCUGCUCAGAUCGCGCCACUGCACUCCAGCCUGGGCGACAAGAGCAAAACUCCGUCUCAAUAAAUAAAUAAAUAAAUAAAUAAAUAAAUAAAUAAAUGCACUUGAACUUUGCAUAGAUGCGAAAAGAUGCGUCUUGGAUCAUGAGGCACAUUUUCACGACUCAGUGGGGCUGAAGAAGUGGUCUUGGUUUCCAUGGGCACCUGUAGUUGGCAUCGUGGCCCCUGCUCUUCUCUUCAUCCCCCUUUCCUGCACCUCUUUCUCUUUUCCUUCCCCUUCAUCAUAUUCCUUUCCUCCUCCCCCUUCUCUCUCCCCUUCUUUUGGCUCCUCUCCUUAUAUCAAAGAGCGCUUGGAUAGCGUCUGUGCUCACAUUUUCUACCUGAAUUAUGCUGGUCUUACACAGAGCAAGACUGCAGUGUGAAGUCCUUUCUGGAUGCUCCAAUUUUUUUUUUAAACCAUCUGCCAUUUCCUUUUCUCCUAGAAUUUUCCUUUUGGCUUAUAGGAGAGAACUUGGGGCAGCUGAGAAGCACUUUUCAUGCCAAGAAUUUGGGAGGCCCUUGCCUUCCCAUUUCAGAACAGCUGGCAGCCAUGUUCCGCCAUUUUAUUUUAUCUUCCUUCUUCCCCUCUGUCCUCUCCAAGGCCUGAGAGCUCAGUAGCCCAGGGGGAAGGGAAGUAAGGGUGUAAUCAGGGACUGUGAUGGGAUUUCUCUUCUCUCUCAUCUUUUUUUUUUCUUUUCAUCAGAUGCUCUUAGAAUAGUAGUUCGCUGUCUUGGCUGGCCAUGGUGGCUCACACCUGUAAUCCCACCACUUUGGGAGGCCAAGGCAAGUGGAUCACUUGAGGUCAGGAGUUCGAGACUAUCUUGGCCAACAUGGUGAAACCCUGUCUCUACUAAAAAUAUAAAAAUUAGCCAGUCAUGGUAGCGAGCGCCUGUAAUCCCAGCUACUUGGGAAACUGAGGCAGGAGAAUCACUUGAACCCGGGAGGUGGAGGUUGCAGUGAGCCAAGAUCACGCCACUGCACUCCAGCCUGAGCGACGAGUGAAACUCCAUCUCAAAAAAAAAAAAAAAAAAAAAAAGAAUAGAAUGUAGCUGUCAAAGGAAAUAAUGAUUAUUUUACAAAAAUACUAUUUCUUACCAAGGGCUUUGAGUCUGAAGCCUGUUCUUUCUCUCUCACAGAGAGAUGUAGCAAGAGUUUGAGAGGCAUUGAAGACAUGCUAGUACCCCAUGAGCCUUUCUUCUUGGAGGAUUCAAAGGGGAGUUGAAACAAGAAUGACUUUCUCUGCCGAGUGCGGUGGCUCACGCCUGUAAAUCCCAACACUUUGGGAGGCUGAGGCAGGCAGAUCACCAGGUCAGGAGAUCGAGACCAUCCUGGUCAACAUGGUGAAACCCUGUCUCUACUAAAAAUACAAAAAUUAGUCAGAUGUGGUGGGUGGGGGGCGCCUGUAAUCCCAGCUACUCAGGAGGUUGAAGCAGGAGAAUUGCUUGGGCAGAGGUUGCAGUGAACUGAGAUCAUGCCACUGCACUCCAGCCUGGUGACAGAGCGAGACUCUGUCUCAAAAAAAAAAAAAAAAAAAAGAAUGACUUUCUCACCAUACCAACUAAAAUCAUGUCAUAUAGCUCUGUCCACAUAUUCAGGGAACAAUAAUGUAGGAUCCCAGAUCUGGUACUAUGGCUGUGUGGCCUUGGGCAAGUGCCUUUACCUCUGUGAACCCAGAAAAUCUGAGGCAGGUCUCAGUUAAUUUAGAAAGUUUAUUUUGCCAAGGUUGAGGACAUGCCUGUGACACAGACUCAGGAAGUCCUGACGACAUGUGCCCAAGGUGGUCAGGGCACAGCUUGGUUUUAUACAUCUUAGGGAGAAAUGAGACAUCAAUCAAUAUAUGUAAGAAAUACAUUGGUUCGGUCUGGAAAGGCGAAACAACUUGAAGCAAAGACAGGAAGACUUGAAGUGGGGAAGGAGCUUAUAGGUCACAGAUGGGUGAGACACAAAAGGUUGCAUUCUUUUCAGUUUCUGAUUAGCCUUUCCAAAGGUGGCGAUCAGAUAUGCAUCUAGCUCAGUGAGCAGAGGGCUAACUUUGAAUGGAAUGAGAGGCAUGUUUGCCCUAAGCAGUUUCCAGCUGGAGUUUUCCUUAGUGAUUUGGGGUAGUUACCUUUCACACCUCUUAGCCUCAGUUUCCACUUCUGCAAAAUGGAGAUAAUAAUGCCUCCUUUGGUUCUGGACUCAGUCUUGGCCCCUCCACUCUCAUUCACUGUAACUCUCUGCCCCUCAGCAUCACUGAGGAUGGGGGUGGGAACCCAUUUGUCCUGAGUUCCCAUCGUCUACCUUUCUUAGGUUCUCAGGUGAGACUUUGACACUUAAGAGAAUGCAGCUGUAGGAGGAGAACUCCAGAAAGGGUGAGCCUUGGACACUCCUGGGCUAUGUCUUAGAGAAACUCCGAAAUUCGGUAUGAUGAGGCCGUCAGUUCUUGGCAGGAGCAUCAUCUACACUGACACUGCAGUCUGCAUCUGAUUCUGCUGUCAGGAAAGGGCUCCCAGCUCUCCAUCUUUUUGGCUUCCAAGCCACUGUGCAUAUUGAGAGCUUGAGCCCAGGACAGGUAUAAACUCUAGAGGAGCACAAUUUGACACUUUUUGAAGUGCCAGCUUGCUAGUCCAUUUCUAAGUCAACUCCAGCAGAAUUCAAAUGACCAACGGGAUUGUGGAGACUUUCCAUUACAUAAGGAUGUGGUACAGGGAUGCUCCAAUGUCUUCCUGGCUUUCUUUUUUCAAAUUUGUGGGCACAGUAAUUUCCAGGCUUUGUAGGUGCAGGACUCCUUGCAAACAAUGGAUGCCUCUUGUUUUGAUGAAGAGAAAAUUGCAGCACUCCCUCUAUUGCCAAAUAAAGACAGAGUCUCUCUGUAACUGAUUCUGCUUUACCGGCUGGAGAAUCAUUCCCUUUGGCUUUGCUGAAACAGUUCAAAGAGAAAAUUAAGAAACUCGGGGGCCAUAGUGAGGUUAUUACAGAGAAGAGGCAGCAUGUUUCAAGCACCAGUAGGUGCUGUGCAGACUGAGUUUGAGCUUCUACUUGCUGGCUUCCACUUGCCCCUCCUUGUACUGGGAUCUGCCCGAGGCUUAAGGCAUCUUCCCACAUGAGACAGGUUUGCACUGAAGUGCUUCUGAUAACACUUGAAAUGAACCACUGGUCUUCAGUCCAUUUGAACCCCUUGGGGUAUCUUCCUAGAUUUGCUAUUACUUUUUUUCUAUUGUUCUGUUUUAAAAAGCUGUCAAGUUGUUCUUAUUGUUCAUACUGAAAGAUAAAUAACAAGCUGUGUUCUCUGUGA